GGCGCUGCUCCUCUGGAGGCGGCGGCAGCGGCGGCGGCGGCAGCGGCGGCGGCGGCGGGGCGCGGGCCGUACCGCUCAGGUGUCUGCUCCGCCUUCUGGUCUGGAUUUGGUGUUGCUUGGAGCCCGAACGGGACUGCCUGCGCGUCGCUGGAUUGCCGGCUGGAGUGUGGCUCGGACUUUUUAACCGGAGGCGGGGUCCGUCGGUCCCCGCCGGCGGACAGACGGACCGAAGCGGGGGGUGGGAAAGAGGGCGGCGGCCUCGGCGGAGGCGGGUCUCGAACUUGGGCGGCUGGCAGCGCGGCUUCGGGGGCGGGCAUGAGCCCGCGGGGGCCGAAAGGGGGCCGUGAGGGCUGACCCGGCGCGGGGAGCGGCCUGGCCCAGCCAUCUUGACUGCGCACGGCGGCCCGAAAGGAAACUUGCCGCGCCGCCAGCCCCUCUGCGUGCCGGGCAAAGUCACCGUCCCCGGCGCCGCGCGGGGUAGUGGCCGCGCGCGCGCGCGCGCGCGGAAGAGAGAGCCAGCGAGCGGGGGACGAUGCGCCCGGGCCAGCCACUUGGCUCCGCCAGGGCUGAGCUCGACCGGGAGUGAGCCGGGCGGACACCCGGAGACUCGGGUGCACGCCUGCAGCCACCCUUGGCUCCCCGGAGCCGCGGAAGGGAGGUACGGACUGCCCCUGCCCGGACUUCGGACUGCGCCGAGUGGACGCGUCCCGGGAAGGGACUAGAGUCGCCCCUCCCCCGGCUCCACGGACCCUCCUCCCCGGAGAGGCAGCAGAGAAACUCGCGGGGCACCCGCCCUCCCCCUCCUGCAGUUGACUCCGGGGUCCCCCGGCGCUCCUCCGCGCCCCUCCUGGAGGGCCAGGACCGAGGCGCGCAGCAUGGAGUGGGGUUACCUGUUGGAAGUGACCUCGCUGCUGGCCGCCUUGGCGCUGCUGCAGCGCUCGAGCGGCGCGGCGGCCGCCUCGGCCAAGGAGCUGGCGUGCCAGGAGAUCACCGUGCCGCUGUGCAAGGGCAUCGGCUACAACUACACCUACAUGCCCAACCAGUUCAACCACGACACGCAGGACGAGGCGGGCCUGGAGGUGCACCAGUUCUGGCCGCUGGUGGAGAUUCAGUGCUCGCCCGACCUCAAGUUCUUCCUGUGUAGCAUGUACACGCCCAUCUGCCUGGAGGACUACAAGAAGCCCCUGCCGCCGUGCCGCUCGGUGUGCGAGCGUGCCAAGGCCGGCUGCGCGCCCCUCAUGCGCCAGUACGGUUUCGCCUGGCCCGACCGCAUGCGCUGCGACCGGCUGCCCGAGCAGGGCAACCCCGACACGCUGUGCAUGGACUACAACCGCACCGACCUCACCACGGCCGCGCCCAGCCCGCCGCGCCGCCUGCCCCCGCCGCCUCCCGGCGAGCAACCGCCCUCGGGCAGCGGCCACGGUCGCCCGCCCGGGGCCCGGCCCCCGUCCCGCGGCAGGGGCGGUGGCGGCGGGGACGCGGCGGCGCCCCCCGCGCGCGGUGGCGGCGGCGGCGGCGGCGGCGGGAAGGCGCGGCCCCCUGGCGGCGGCGCGGCGCCCUGCGAGCCGGGCUGCCAGUGCCGCGCGCCCAUGGUGAGCGUGUCCAGCGAGCGGCACCCGCUCUACAACCGCGUCAAGACGGGCCAGAUCGCCAACUGCGCGCUGCCCUGCCACAACCCGUUCUUCAGCCAGGACGAGCGCGCCUUCACCGUCUUCUGGAUCGGCCUGUGGUCCGUGCUCUGCUUCGUGUCCACCUUCGCCACGGUGUCCACCUUCCUCAUCGACAUGGAGCGCUUCAAGUACCCCGAGCGGCCCAUCAUCUUCCUGUCCGCCUGCUACCUCUUCGUGUCCGUGGGCUACCUGGUCCGCCUGGUGGCGGGACACGAGAAGGUGGCGUGCAGCGGCGGCGCGCCGGGCGCGGGCGGCGCGGGGGGCGCGGGGGGCGCGGCGGCUGCCGCCGCAGCGGGCGCGGGCGCGGCGGGCGCGGGCGCGGGCGGCCCGGGGGCCCGCGGCGAGUACGAGGAGCUGGGCGCCGUGGAGCAGCACGUGCGCUACGAGACCACCGGCCCGGCGCUGUGCACCGUGGUCUUCCUGCUCGUCUACUUCUUCGGCAUGGCCAGCUCCAUCUGGUGGGUGAUCCUGUCGCUCACGUGGUUCCUGGCGGCUGGCAUGAAGUGGGGCAACGAGGCCAUCGCCGGCUACUCGCAGUACUUCCACCUGGCCGCGUGGCUGGUGCCCAGCGUCAAGUCGAUCGCGGUGCUGGCGCUCAGCUCGGUGGACGGCGACCCGGUGGCGGGCAUCUGCUACGUGGGCAACCAGAGCCUCGACAACCUGCGCGGCUUCGUGCUGGCGCCGCUGGUCAUCUACCUCUUCAUCGGCACCAUGUUCCUGCUGGCCGGCUUCGUGUCCCUCUUCCGCAUCCGCUCGGUCAUCAAGCAGCAGGGCGGCCCCACCAAGACGCACAAGCUGGAGAAACUCAUGAUCCGCCUCGGGCUCUUCACCGUGCUCUACACCGUGCCCGCCGCCGUGGUGGUCGCCUGCCUCUUCUACGAGCAGCACAACCGCCCGCGCUGGGAGGCCACGCACAACUGCCCGUGCCUGCGGGACCUGCAGCCGGACCAGGCGCGCCGGCCCGACUACGCCGUCUUCAUGCUCAAGUACUUCAUGUGCUUGGUGGUGGGCAUCACGUCGGGCGUGUGGGUCUGGUCGGGCAAGACGCUCGAGUCGUGGCGGGCCCUGUGCACCCGCUGCUGCUGGGCCAGCAAGGGCGCGGCGGUGGCGGGGGGCGCGGGCGCGGUGGCGGCAGGGGGCGCCGUCGGGCCGGGGGGCGGGGGCGGCCUGGGCGCCGGCGGGGGCGGGGGACCGGGCGGCGGGGCGGGCUCCCUCUACAGCGACGUCAGCACCGGCCUGACGUGGCGAUCUGGCACGGCCAGCUCCGUGUCUUAUCCAAAGCAGAUGCCAUUGUCCCAGGUCUGAGGGAAGGGAGGGGGCACCCGGAAGGAAGGGGGCGGGGUUGGGGGGGUCCUGGAGACCCAGUGCUGCGGAGGGACCCCCGAGGGGUCCCAGGUUCCCACCCCUUCACCGUGUUGAUUGCUAUUAGCAUGAUAAUGAACUCUUAAUGGUAUCCAUUAGCUGGGACUUAAAAGGACUCACUUAGAACAAAGUACCUGGCAUUGAAGGCUCCAGCCCCAGCCCCCCUGGCCUCCACCGACGUGCGCGGAGCUCUUCCCGCCAGGCGUUACCUUCUGUGUCCGGAGGAGGGUGGACUCUGCCGCGCCGUGCCAGCCCAGGUCUGGAGCCCUCUCUGGUUGCCUUGUGCGGAGCUUGAAGUCCCAUCUACAGAAUGCCCGGGAGAGGAACCUGCUUCUCGCAUUUCUGCGUCAACGCGUUCUCUUCUAGCAGAGAGGGGUUGCACGAUCUGACGGGCUUGCACGGUUUGGGUCUUCUUAAUGACCAGGCAGAUGCCUUAAACAAACAAACAAAAAUGUCUUAAUUGUACACCCCAAGUAAAUACGGGUUUCUUACAUUAGAGGAUGUAUUUAUAUAAUUAUUUGUUAAAUUGUGUAAAAAAAAAGACAAACAAACGUGUAAAAUAUGUACAUAUCCAAAGAUAUACAUACAGCCUGUACAUUUUUUUUGUAAAAAGUUUAGAGGCCACCCCUGUAAGAACAAAUUAUAAGUAUUCUAUUUUGUCAAUAAAAUGACUUUUGAUAAAUGAUUUAAGCAUUAUCCCCUCCCCCUGCCUCUUCAAAGCUGUUACCCUGUAAGUGUUGGCUAAGGACAUGUGUCGGGCUGAGGGUGGGGCCUGUUGGGGAGAUGGACAUUUAUCUUCUGGCAUCUCCUUCUGUACACUGACUUAGGUGUGGAGACCAUCACCUGUUAAAUUCUAGUUCUUAAGUUGUUAGCAAAGUAAAUAUUAUGGAACUGAAGUCAAUGGGAGUUCUUGAAGCUGCCCCAAGUGUGGUGUUUUGAAUGAUAGCUCCUUCCCCAUCCGUGGAUAACCACACACCUUAGAGGAUCCUUUGCUAGGCGCUAAUUCCACUCAGGCCUCGUGGUUUAUCUUGUGUGAAAGGUUCCCAGACAACACAGUCAUGGCUUGGUGGUUCCGAGCACCUGGUUUUGCAGUAAUCUGCCCUCCCUCCAUUUCAGCAGUGCAGGAGUUAACGUUUUUCUACCGCAGAUGACACUUCCCUACAGUAUAAGUCACUCCACAAUCUGGGAGUGGAGCAGGAGCUCUUUAAUGGAUUAAACCAACGGGUUAACGUCUUAAUAACCUUCCAUGCUUGUGUAUAUCAAAUGUGCUGCUUUUCCUAGAGAAAAAAGCUAUUGUUCCUCUGUCAAGACUAAGCUAAUUUAUUUGAGCAGAAGGCUGUUGAAUUAGCAGAAGAACGCUUUGGCAAUUGUUGAACUUUUUACCUGUCUGCCCAGUGGCUCAGCACAUCAUUCCUUUAAGAGGAGCUAAAUGAAUAGGGUUAAUCUGUAGGGAACUUGGUCUUUUGAGUUGGAAAAACUUUGAUCUUUUCUCCUCUCCAAAUGUGCUGUAUAGUCUGAAGUUUCUUUCCCUGCUGCCCGGCUCCUCUUAGUGCAGACCAAUUGGCCACCGCGGAGCCUUAAAGUUCUUCUAUUAAAGGGAUGUGGGACUUUUACUUUAAAAAGGAGAGCGAGGGAGAGGAAGACUUGUAACAGUUAGUGAAGCCCAGAGGCCCAAGUGCGCUCAGCCUUUUAAACAGCUUUUCCCCGCAUUGUUAGCCAGCCUGCUGGCAGCUAGGCAUGGGUUGAAGCAUUAUAGAAAAGGGUUCUGAAUGCCCUACAGGUGGUCUGUGCACAUAAUCCCCCAAUUUAAAGCGUUUUCCUUUGCUGGACAAUUGCAUUACAAAACUCCCUUCUUUUUCGCUCCUAAUUGAACCAAUGAACUAUUAUAAACUACAAGUUUUUCUUGGAAAAAAAAAAAACCUCAGUGCCUAAAUUCUAUUGACUAAAUUCCUGCAAGUUUUCUGAACUGGACCUUUUAAAGUACCGGAAGUUAAAGCUUCUUCAGCAGACAUUUCUCUUUUCUUCAGAUAUUUUUAUUCCUCCUGCUUGUUAUUUUCUGACAGAUUAGCAAUAAUUUAAAAGUAAUUGGUAAGGUUGUGUGUUCAUACUGAAAAGAUAGCCCCAGGUCCCUUAUUAACCUGUCAAUCAAAAUAAGAAAUGGGCAGCUACCUUGCUAAUGAUGGGAGCAUCAAACAUUGUGGGAUGGGAGAGAAUUUGUGUUCUGCAUCCUACUAAGAUGUUUGUUCUCUUUAUUUUUCCUAAUAGGAAUAUUUAGUGGUUUGAUUUUUUUAAUGAAUAGGAUGGAAACUACUUCCUUGACUGAUCUUACUCAAGUAAGAGGCUUUUAAGAAGAAUUUCUUGGUGGAAACAUUUUGCAAAUCCUUCCCAGAGUCAUUCUUGGUGUUAAUUGGAUUUUUAAAAUUAGAUGUGCAAGAAGAACACCUACUUGAGCUAUCAUGCCGAUUUUAAUAUUUCAAGUCAGAGGCAUUGUAAAUUCUCCCAGAAGUUUUAUUCAUUAAAGAAUUACUGUUUUGUAACUUUGGUACCCAGUCUUUGCAUCUAAACCACCUCGUGAUUCACAGACUUGGUAGUGUAGUGUGCAUUAGCUAGCUGUUAACUUUCUACUGAAAUUAUCAAGUCAAAAUUUGAGGGCAUUUUCUAUAGUUUUGACCACCGUAUUGAAUGGAAAAUAACUAAUAAUUCCAUGCUUAUUGAAUUCCUUAUGCACCAAUAUUCUCUUUAGUGGCAUAAUAUUCCAGACAACUCUGUAAACAGCAACAACAAAAUAGAAACCUGCGUCUGUAAUCUUUAGAGACUGAUCUUUAGUGGUUGAUAUUAAAGCACAAGUGCUGGUUUAUUAACCUUUCAAGCUUGAGUCCAAAAAGUUGUCAGUGUCCAAGUGUUAUCUGCUAAUGAAAUUAGAAGCCCAGCAUUGAUUCUAGGGGUGAGAGAAGAGGGUCUCUGUUAGUCACUUACAGUGGACAAAAAACUGGGUCCCUUGCUAGAACGCUCUUUUGUGCCAUGCAGGUGUGUCCUUAUCCUUCCUUACUCUAUGAAACAAGUGUUAGUUUCUGAAAAUCUUGUCAAAUAUGGGGGUUGGGGGGAGUGGAUGUGAUUACUGUGUGGCAAGAAGAUCAUUGUAAAUAAAGUCUAAUAUGGUUUAAAUGAUUAGUAAAGCCAAAGCUCAUUAAAAUUACUGAAGAAGUAAUGUGAAACACUUUCUUUUUGCUUUAUAAUAAAUGCAAUUUGAAAGUACUGUAACACCAAAAAGGGGAAAGUUGGUAAGAAAGUUAAAG